AUGGCUGAGCCGCAGGAGCAGCUGCUGCAGCUGCAGAAGGACAUUCGAGAUGGCCGCCUGCGGAAGCAGGAGCUGGAGGAGCUGGUGCGUGGGCUGGAAGCCGAGAGCGAGAGUCUCACCAGGCGCCUGGAUGAGCUGCGGGAGCGCGAGCGCAGCCUGCAGCGGAGACGAAGUCAAGCGUCACGAGCUAUUCGAGGGGAGGCUCGCGAGGCGGCGCGGGAGCGUGCAGAGCGUGCUCGUGGGCUGCUGGAGGCCGCGGAGCAGCACCGGCAGGACCUGGAGCAACAGAAUCGGAAGCUGCAGGAACAGUGGGAGGAACUGUCCAGCCAGCUUUUCUACUAUGGAGGGGAACAGCUAAGUCAACAGCGGACGGAGCAGCAACUUGGGACUCAGCUUGUGGCGCUGCAGAAACAUCUGGAGCUGGCAGAGGCCAAAUUCAGCAUGCAGGCAGAGGACCUGCGGCAGGGUGUGCAGCGGACGGAAGAGGCCUGGGCCAGCUUCCAGGAGCAAAGUGGAAUCCUGCAGGAGCUGCAGGGGAAGGUGAUGGAGGCAGCAGCUGCGCUGGAGGCUACGCGCCGUGGCUCGGAACCGUGGAACUCACAGCCUCGUCGGGUGCAGGACUGCGCGGGCUCACUCAUGGAGGAAGUGGCCAGGGCUGACUGCGAAAAGCGGCUGUUCGGCGGCGCGGGCGCGGGGAGCCUCAGGCUGUGGGCCCUGAGCGCGCUGCAGACGCUGCUGCUGCUCCCGCUGGGUUUCCUGGUGCUGCUGCUGAUCUACGUGGUGCUGGCGAAGCUUGACGCCGUCGGCCCGGGGCUCCAGAGUCUCGGCUCUGAUGCGGUCUUCCGCCGGCUGCGCUACACUCUGUCGCCCUUGCUUGAGCUGCGUGUACGCGGACUGCUGCCUGCCUAG